UUAAAGUUGUUUGUAAUCCGCCAAAAACCGAGAGAAGAAGAAGAAGUAUAAUCCUCCGCCGUCGCCGUGGAUCGUGCGUCGUCUUCGCAGGAGUGGCGUCGGAGUUGACUGAGAUGAGAAUCAUUUUACGGUGAGGUGUUUUUUGUUGACCCGCGGAGAUGUCCCUUUCAGCCGCACAGAGCUCAUACACCAGCAGCCGGAGGAGGAGGCCGGCUGAACACGACCAAGAUCUUCCACAGGAGCAUGAUCCCCAGGCCAGUCUCGAUCAUGAACAGUUCCACGACCGACUGACAAAUCCCACAGACACUCCAUCUACAAAUCACUCUAUAUGCCCUGCACUGUGCACAACUAAAUGCAUGCCUGCACACACAUGUCAGAGUCAUCAUGCCUAUGAUGAAAGCUGGGAGGAGAUCCAAAGCAAGAGAACCAUCAGAGCGGAAAACGAAGUAGAAGCAAACAAACUAGUCAACAACUACAGGUUUGGUUUCAGAAAGUGGAAGAGCCAUGUGACGGAGCGUCCAUUUGAAGUCAGGUCAGAGGUUGUGAAAGAGCUCUACUCUGAACUGAACGUCAUCAAACCAUAUUCAGGUCAUCUCAUCACUUGUGGAAACGUAGCAUAUGUGCUUCUCUUCGGUUGGUGGAUCUCUCUGGCCUAUUUCCUGAUUGGCCUCUUUAUGUUCAUCACUAUCACUGGUGUACCCUAUGGCAAGCUUUGCUUGAAGUUGUCCUGCUACUUCCUGUGGCCCUUCGGCAAGUCAAUCCAUGAGAUUGGAAAAACAUUGAGGAUAUGUUGUGAGCAAGCACCAGACUGUGAGUGUGACUUGGAGCGGACGGAAGAUGACUCCCCAGUCCUGCUGCCGUCCCCCACAGACGGGCCGGUCCCAGAGCUGCCAGGACGACCUCUCCGCACUCCCUACUGGCGUCGCUUCUCCACCUAUGUGUGGCUGCUGCUGGGAUAUCCUCCUCUAGUUGUAAUUCACUCCCUGGCCUGCUUCAUCUCCUGGAUCCUGGUCUUCACCAUCCCUGUUAGCAAGAUGAACGCACGGACACUGGGCGUCAUCCUUCUCCUGGCUCCUGAGGACGUCUCUGUCACCUCCUGCACACAGAGGAAGCAUCAAAUCUAUGAGACCAGAGCACUGCUGUGCUGCUACCAGGCGACAAACUGGUACUACUACAAGUACACUGUUGAUGGGAUCAAUGUGUUCGCUGUCAACCUCCUGCCUCUGGUAAUAGUUGCCAUUGUAAUUGGAUAUAUUGACAGAGAAAACCAGUAUGCCAGCUCUGACGUCAAGUUUGCCAUAGCAAUCUGCUCCAUCAUACCUCUGUCUUAUUAUAUCGGUAUGGGCAUUGCCAGUAUCUCAGCUCAGAGUAACUUUGCAGUGGGUGCGGUAGUGAACGCCACCUUCGGCUCCAUCACAGAGUUGACCUUCUACAUCACAGCCUUGCUCAGAGGUCACCGGGCAGCCAACCCGUGUCUGCAGGAGGUCGUCAAAGCAGCGCUGACUGGCACUUUGCUUGGCUGCAUCCUCUUCAUCCCUGGCAUCUGCAUGAUAAUCGGAGGACUGAAACACAGUGAGCAAAGAUUCAACAGUCGCUCUACAGGAGUGAGCGCUGCGUUGCUUUUCAUCUCUGUAGGAGGUGUGUUUGCCCCCACGCUGUUCUCCAAGGCUUAUGGAAGUCUGGUGUGCGACGCCUGCACCAACUCCUCUGGAGGAAACAGCAGCGGGGCGUUUGUCUGUCACAACUGCCACUACGACCUGAACAAUGGUACACUGUUCCGCAACCAUGUGGAGCCACUGGUGUACACAGUGUCUGCCCUCCUACCAGUUGCCUACAUAAUUGGUCUGAUAUUCACACUGAAGACGCACUCCCACAUUUAUGACAUCCAUGUUGGAGGCGGACAGGAGAAUGGCCCCCAUGGAGCAGUGGUCCACUGGUCACGGUGGAGGUCUCUGGUCAUCCUCAUCAUGGCUACUGUGCUCACGUCUGCUUGUGCCGAUCUAGCCACCGAGCACAUCCAGCCCAUACUAAACCAGCCCAACGUCUCUCAGUAUUUCAUCGGGGUGACAGUUCUCGCCAUGGUGCCUGAGAUCCCAGAGAUUGUAAAUGGGAUCCAGUUUGCUCUCCAGAACAACAUCAGUCUAAGCUUGGAGGUGGGAAGCUGUAUUGCUGUUCAGGUCUGCAUGCUGCAGAUUCCAAUUCUGGUCUUAUUCAAUGCCUGCUACGAUGUGGGAUUUGUGCUGCUGUUCAGUGACAUGCACCUGUGGGCCAGUAUGUUCAGUGUGAUUCUGGUCAACUACAUCUUCAUGGACGGCAAGUCUGAUUAUUUUCAAGGCACAGCUCUGGUGGUCGUCUACCUCAUACUGCUGGCUAUGUAUUUCUUCGCUCCAUCUCCAACAGGCUGCUGACCGUGGGACUUUCAGCCCAAGUUACUUUUUAAAGUCUGAAAGUCAUUAGGCCCAAUUCCAAACUGCCCCCUUCAACCUACCACUAGACACUUCCUCCCAGUUUGCACAUUCACUUCAUACAUUUUAUUGUAAAGUUUUGAAUAUAUACACACACACAGGCACGGUUCCAAAAACUAAGCAGCUUAUGAAUAUCACAUUCUCAAACAAAAGUAGUUUUAAGUUAUUUUAUUGUCCAAGAGAUCCUGAUUUGAAACCGUUAUGAAAGUUACGGCAUUUCCUGUUACUCCUGGGGAGAGGAGAAAUGCCACUGUAUUUACACCCUCCACCUGAAAGAAGGGAACCUAGUUUAGCCGUUAAUGAGACUACGCCACCUACCCACUCCGUCACAGAGUGGGAGUGGGGCGGUUUGGAAUUGGGCCUUAAUGUGAAAUGUAAAACCCCUCCCUUUCUGACUACAUUCAGUGUAAAUUCUGACAGGUUUUUAGUCAUUAUUUAAAAGUCCGUACAACCAUGCAAAUGAACGAGCCUUUUAAUGUCAGGUAAGUUGCACAUCUAUACUACUGUAAAAUGCAGCGUUUGUACGAUAACAUAUUUAACAAUGUCUCCUUAAACUCACUCUUACGGUCUUUGUAAACUGAAGAGAACAUCUGUAUGUUUUGUUUGAUAAAAUACAACUGAAUAGUAUAUAAAGUAUCUGCACUAAACCUUUUUGUUAAAAAAAAAAAAAAGGUACUGGUAUGUUUAAACUUUAACUCCAAAAUGUGAAAGAUAAUUUUGAUGUAAGUGACAUUAUUUUAGAUAAAACACUGGUACCCUAUAUUUGGAAAGAGUGGCAUGGCUGGCUGUGCUAAGCCAGAAUAAUAACUCUUGUCAAUACAACAUUUUGAAAAACUGUC